AAAGAGAGCACGCCUAGAAAAGAUGUGGUGUAUGAGGUUGAAAUGGAUACAUAUAUCCAGAGAAGCACUAAACCAGAAUUGUGAAUUGAAAGCAGAGAUAUAUAGAUGGAAGGGGAGAAAGGUAGAGUGUGUGUAACAGGAGGUUCUGGGUUCAUUGGUUCCUGGUUGAUUUUCAGGCUUCUUGAGCAUGGCUACUCUGUCAAUACCACUGUUAGAUCAGACCCAGCAGAAGACAAGAAAGAUGUAAGCUUCCUCACAGCUCUACCAGGAGCAGAAGAAAAGCUCCGAAUUUUCAAUGCAGACCUAAGCAAUCCGGAAAGUUUUGAUGCAGCCAUCCAAGGAUGCAUCGGAGUGUUCCAUGUUGCUACUCCGGUUGACUUUGAAGGCAAGGAACCUGAACCGGUAGUGACCAAACGAUCAGUUGAUGGAGCUCUUGGAAUCCUCAAGGCUUGCCUAGAUGCAAAAACAGUUAAGCGAGUUGUGUACACUUCUAGUGCAUCUGCUGUUGCAUUUAACAAGGAGGAUGUACAAGACAUGGAUGAGAGUUUUUGGAGUGACACAGAUUACAUUAAAGCUUUAAAGCUGCCUGGAGUCUCAUUCAACUCAUGCAUGAUUUCAAAGAUAUUAACCGAAAGAGCAGUUCUUGAAUAUUCGGAGAAAUAUGGAUUGGAUGUUGUGACAGUAAUUCCUUCUUUUGUUGUUGGCCCUUUCAUUUGUCCCAAGUUCCCCAGCUCUGUGAAAACCACAUUGGCUCUGGUUUUAGGUAACAGAGAUGAAUAUCCUACUCUUAUCAAAUUUCCAUUGGUUCAUGUGGAUGAUGUUGCCAGAGCGCACAUUUUCCUUUUUGAACAUCAAGAUGCAAAAGGGAGGUACAAUUGCUCAUUAAAUGUCAUGACAAUUGAAGAAAUGGCCGAGCUCCUUUAUGCCAAGUUCCCUGAAUUUCAAAUACCCUCAGCAGAGUCAUUAAAGGAAGUUAAAGGUCCUAAAUUUCCAGGUCUAUCAUCAAAGAAGCUCUUGGAUUCGGGUUUCGAAUUUAAGUAUGGGGUUGAUGAGAUGUUCACUGAUGCAAUUCAGUGCUGCAAGGAGAAGGGUUAUCUCUAAUUCCUCUAUGGCAUUUAUAAGGUCUACAUAUAUACGGCCCUACAUUUAUGUAAACUCUGAUAUAUUACACGUACAAUAAUCAUUCCCAGUUUGAUUGGGAAAGGCACUUUUCUGGUUUGAUACCAAUAAUAGAUGUAAAAAGAAAAUGAUUUUGGAAUGGUUAUUAGGUGGUGACCUGUACAGAUGACUAAGUAAAUAAAAAUCUCAUGUUCAUCAUUUUCAUAGGUG